CAUUAAACUCGCUCGUGGCGCACUCGACAACCGUGCCUCCAAUUCGCGGUCGGUUUGAGCCAUUUUAAUCUAAUCAAUUCGAAGUUUGGCAGUUUCGCGGUGCCCUGGUUGUGUACAGUUCAUCAUUCCCAUCUCCCUUAGUCUUCCUGUGAGAAAGGAAUUGCAGUCUAAAAAUGGUCCUUAAACUCGCUCAGUUCGUCCAGCGGCGCUCGUUUUCCUCUGCCGGCAAAUGGAAGGAUGUGGUGAUCGUAGCGGCCACCCGCACCCCGAUCGGUAGCUUCCAGAGCAGUCUGUCGGGACUGUCCGCUUCGCAGCUGGGUUCCGUGGCGGUCGAAUCGGCGGUCAAGCAGGCGGGCAUCGCGAAGGAGGACGUGCAGGAAGUUUACAUUGGGAAUGUUAAUGCGGCCGGUUUGGGACAGGCGCCGGCCCGUCAGGCAGUGAUCUUUGCCGGCCUCCCAAAGUCCACCAUCUGCACCACGGUCAACAAAGUGUGCUCCUCGGGCAUGAAAAGUGUGAUGCUCGGCGCACAAACCCUAAUGCUCGGCCAGCAGGACGUGAUAGUGGCCGGUGGCAUGGAAUCAAUGUCGAACGUGCCGUACUAUCUGAAGCGCGGCAGCACACCGUACGGCGGAGUUAAUCUCAUCGACGGUAUCGUGUUUGAUGGGUUAACCGAUGUUUACAACAAAUUCCACAUGGGCAACUGCGCGGAGAACACGGCCAAACAGAUGGGCAUCACACGUAAGGACCAGGACGAGUUUGCGGUAAACAGCUACAAACGCAGUGCGGCCGCUUGGAGUGCGAAGGUCUUCGAUGCCGAGAUUACCCCCGUGAGGAUCGCAGGAAAGCGGGGCAAACCGGAUACGGUUGUCGCGGAGGACGAGGAGUAUAAGCGAGUUAACUUUGACAAGUUCGGCCAGCUGGCAACGGUGUUUCAGCGGGAAAAUGGCACCGUCACGGCGGGAAAUGCAUCUACCCUGAACGAUGGCGCAUCGGCCAUGGUGCUGAUGACGGCCGAUGCAGCGGAGCGUCUGAAGUGCAAACCAUUGGCACGGAUCGUCGGAUUUGCUGAUGCCGAAACGGAUCCGAUCGAUUUCCCGAUUGCUCCCGCGUUGGCCGUUCCGAAGCUGCUGAAGCAGACGGGCGUCCGCAAGGAGGACGUAGCCCUCUGGGAAAUUAACGAAGCGUUUUCGCUGGUCGUUGUUGCUAAUCAACGGAAGCUCGACAUUGAUCCCGAGAAGGUCAACGUGCACGGUGGAGCCGUUUCACUUGGCCACCCGAUCGGAAUGUCUGGUGCCCGCUUGGUGACACAUCUUGCGCACGUUCUCAAACCCGGACAGGUUGGGUGCGCAUCGAUCUGCAACGGCGGAGGUGGCGCUUCGUCGAUCCUGAUCGAAAAGCUGUAAGAAACGAAAAGUGGCCAUAUGAUGCCCAUGUUUACCGUGUCUUCCUCGUACCAUGUGUGAAAAUAACUGUGCAUUUACUAGAACUACUGGUCCGGCUAUGGGUCCCGUAUAUUUUGCUAUGCUGAAAGCGAUUUUAUAACAAUUCAAUAAAAUUGAAACCAA